GCGCUCUGCCUCAAGCCGAGCCAUGAAGCUUCCCAACCUGAUUGAAGAGAAAAGUGGCGAGGAGAAGUCCCGACCGCUGGCCAUCAUCGAUGCCAAGUUGGACCGAAUCUCUGAGCAGGUGGACUCGUGCCUCUCGGAGGUCCUGAGCCUGAAGCCAGACCGCAAGCUGCGGCCCUCCUGGCGUGGAGAUGAGCUGCUGCCCGUAAUCCCGAACGCAGGUUCUCAAGACAGCGCGAGAACGCCCCCGCGGCGGAACAGCCGCAGCAGCCGCCCGCCCCGCUCCUCCACGGUGUCUUGGGCCUCCUUCUCGGCGAGGCCGGAGAGCUCCAAAGCCUUGUCCUCCCGUGCCUCCCAGUACCCCAGCCGCUUGAACAGUGAUCGGCGGCGCUGCCAUCCUCACUCCGUCGACUUGACGGCGGCGUGGCAAUCACACGCCAAGGCGCUGUCACAGGACAUCGAGCUUUCCAACAGCCACCAGCCCUUGAUCCGCCUUAUGACCCGCAGCCGCUGCGACGAUCUUUGGGAACUGCUGGACGACCCGGACUCGAGCAGAUACGCCUGGUGGGCUUCCCAAGUCCUGAAGAUCUCCGUCAUCGUGGGGCUUUUGGUGUCCCAGGUGCAGACCGCAGAGGAGCCCAUUCUUUCAACGGAGCUUGCCGCAUUGGUGGAAACUACUUUCGACGUCCUCUUCUGCACUGAGUUCGCGUGCCGCAUUCUGAGUGCCCCAUCCAAGCGCAGCUACUUCUUGGAUCCUCUGAACUGGGCCGACAUGUUCUCGGCCACGGCCUUGCCGCUGCGCGCCUCCGUCGGGUUUGAGGUAUACCCCGCUCUGAAUGGCAGCCGAAACAUCCAGGUGAUCUUGCUGCUGUUCUUGCCCAUCGUGCGGUUUCUCAAGUUGCUACGGUACUUCGAAACAUUCAGAUUGUUGAUCCAUGCAGCUCGAAGCUCCGUUGACGCCUUGCCGGUGCUUUUCUACAUCAUGACUGUGAUCACGCUGGUAGCCGCGACCGCGAUUUACUUGGCGGAGUCGCGGGCAAAUAUUCCCAGCAUGCACCACUCACUUUGGCUGGCGAUCGUGACCAUGACCACCGUGGGGUACGGCGACUAUUACCCGACUUCCCUUGCAGGUUAUAUCAUUGCAUCGGUUCUCACCUUUGUGAGCGUAUUAUUUUUGGCCUUGCCGGUGGGCAUUAUUGGCAAUGAGUUCACAGCCUGCUGGCAGGGCCGAUCCCAGGUUUUGCUGAAGACGCGCAUGCGGAAGUGUUUGCUCAAGUGGGGCUAUACUGCCAACGACUUGAAGACCCUGAUCUCUUUUGUGGAUGCUGAUGCUGAUGGGUUCUUGACUCUCGUGGAGUUUCUGGAGUUAGUGCGCCAGAUGCGGAUCGGCCUGUCGGCCGAGGAUGCCGUGGACCUCUUCAUGCUUUUCGACUCGGAUCAGAACGGACGCAUCGACCACGCGGAGUUCGUGCGGCAAGUGUUCCCGGAGGAGUUCGUCAAGGACACCGCGCGGCAGACGGUCCAGGAUAAAUCUCUGCGCAUCAGCCAGGCACUGCAACAUUUGGAAGUAGUUCGGGGCGACAGCAACGAGGUCUCUGAGACGGAGAGCUGAAGGAUGAGGCCAACGGAGUCCAAACAAAUUCGCCUACGCCGCGCAAGCGCGAGACAAGCGCCAGGAGAAGUCAGGAUCUGAGAGUUGCUUCCGGAGUGAGGUGAAGCCUCCUGGGUGUCAUAAAGGGUA